AGCAACCUCACAUGGCUCCCAGCAGAAUAAGCUUUUAUAAAUUAGCUAUAAUAGAGGGAAGGGGAGUUGGGGUGGUAAAAAAAGUGUCGGGGGGGGCAGCCAAUGCAACAGAGCAGAGCCAUUAUAUGAUACCAGCCAUAAGCCGAGAGAUCAAACUCAGGCCUGGGUGCAUUUCAUUGUAAUAUCGCUUCAUUGAACGGCACAGUCGAUAGAAAGGCACCGCCCAAGGAGCAGACGAUUUGGGCUGGACUCAGAAAUCCCAGUCAGCUGUCGAUGAGUUGACGACAAGACAAUGAAGAUAUUAAAUCUUUUUUUUUCGUUGUAACGGGGUAAUACCAAGGCAACAGUGCAACCUCCACAUUCACAGCCAACAAAGUCGAGAUUGUGGGACGCGCCUUUACGCACAGAGAGCAAAACAUUAUUCAUACAAGUCAUAGUUAUUAUCUUUUCUUUUUUUGAGUGGACUUACCGAUUUCAUAGCAGCUGCCAUAUCAUCAUAUCUCUCAGCCUGUUCAGCCAGCCUGGCUUUCUGCACCAGCUGCUCGCGAUCAACCAUUUUUUAAAUGAUAUGUGGUUGCUAAAUCGAGCUGCUCUACUUGAGUUUUUGGGGAUGAAAUUAUAGAUAUUUUAAAUCGCAAUGCAGUGAAAUCCUACGCGAACCUAAUGCUGCAGCUGUUCCCUGCUGUCUGUCUGUGCUCCGUGCAGACGGGACACCCUUUUCCUCUCUCCCUCCCUCCCUCACCCCUCCUCACACGCUCUCCCACGGCUGCGUCAUCACUCAGAAAGUAUGGCUCACAGGGCGUCCCUGAACGAUAAUCUGAGAUCACAGCACUUCCUGUCCUCAAGGCCAACCAGUGAGCGAUGCAAAGGGCCAACUCUGCUGGAAGAGAUUAUCACCUGCUGACCUGCAGGUCAAGAGAGGUCCUGCUGACUUUCAGUGACGUGUAAAGUGGGUCAAGUAGGAGGAGGAGGAGGAGGAGGAGGAUAACACUGCCUCUUCACACUUAACCAUGGUUUGAUGUUUCAAAUAAUAUGAAUAUGGUACUGAUAUGGCUUCAACUAUAGAAGGAUUAUUUAUUAUGUCUUGUAUCGUGUGGUUUCACAUCACAGUCAAAAUGAGUUUGUUGACCACUGUGAAGAUGUCAGGGCAAUAACACCAGAGUCAAUGCAAAAAAAGUCUAAUUUUAAUGUAUCCUCACAGUUAUGCUUCGACCUAAUUGUUUUCUAAGAUGAUCAAUUUAUUUACUGCCAUUUUUGAGAAAAUAAGGGCUUGUAACUUUUUUCUCUGCAUUUAUAUUCUAAUUCUGGGAAAAAAAACACAAUGUUAUUUCAGUGCAUGUUUGCAAAACCUCUAUUUCCAUAACAGCUUUUUUUUCAGAAAUGUAUUUAUUAUAUACCCUUCAGUAAUAUUUAACAGACAUGACGAGAUCUCUCAGUUGCCAAAACCUAAAAGAACUUCAUGGUAUUAUCUGAUUUCCUUUCCAAACCAUUAGCCCCAUUACGUUGCAACAGGCAGUGCUGAACUAAUGAAUCACUCCACUUGCUCCAAAGAGGAUUACUGUUCUUUCUGCUUAGCUUAGUUACCUCAAAUCAGGAUAAGGGUAAGGAGAGGUCUGUUGUCUACAGCGGAAAUCUGUCUGUCCAGUAAACAGUUGAGCGCUCACACAGCUGUAAAUGGAGACAGUUCGACUGGAGUUGGAUGUUUUGAUAUUCCAAGAUGGAGUGAGGAUUGCUACUGCCGAAGAAAUCGCAGAAUGGGAGCUUCAGGCUGCGAGCCAGGUGUCCAUACCCACCAUCCGACUCUUUGUGGCACUUUACCCAUACAACCCUGCUGCAAUGUCCCCCAACUAUGAGAUGGCUGCAGAGGAGCUGCCUUUUGUGCCAGGCCAGAUAAUCAAGGUGUUUGGAGACAAAGACUAUGAUGGCUUCUAUUAUGGUGAGUCCGGUGGUCUCUCUGGUUAUGUGCCAAGUAACAUGGUGGCUGAAGUCCCAGUGGAGGAUGAGUACCUGAAGCAACGCCUCAUGCAGCAGGGAUUCCUCCCUGUGGACCACACAGGCAUGUCUUCAACGCCAGAUCUGAGCGACGUAGCCAGUAUCCCUGAUGAUUUGGUCGUUCGACGAAUGGUGGCUAUAUUUGACUACGAUCCGUGGGAAAGUUCACCCAACAUGGACAGUGAGAUUGAACUUGGCUUUCGUUCAGGAGACAUCAUUUAUGUGCUAGGUGACAUGGAUCGAGAUGGAUUUUACUACGGGGAUCUGCACGGACGACGAGGUUUGGUUCCAUCUAAUUACCUGCAGCCGCUACCCUGGAAUUAGAAGAAAAGACCACGCUAUAAGAUGUUUGCUACCAAUGCCAAGUCUCAGAGACAGUAAGAAAUCUGCAGUUUUUGGGACAGUUUAUGUGUCCAAAAAUGUUUGUUUUUAUUUUUCACAUUAUAUUAUUGCACUGCACCUACUUUAGAUUCAGUCAAUUCAAAGAAGCAACUAAUUAACAUUCUAUAAGUACUCAGUCAGUAUUGAUCAGAAUGCAACAAAGUGAAACAAGUUCUUGUCAUACAAUUUUCAGGUAAUUUAUUUAUUGAAAAGCAAAAAAAAUACAAAUCAUUUGGUGAAAAAAGUAAAGAAAAUACAAAUCAUAAAUCAAAAAGGAUCUUUAUUCACUUUAUAUUUGCCCGCCUACUUUCCUUUUGCUUCUACUCUAUGCACUUUCAAAGCCCAACAUGAGCCAAUGAAUUAAAAAAUGAAAGCUUAGAUAUACCAUAUAUCUAUAAAUGUAAAUUGAAUUACUUCAAUCAUACCAUGACAAUGGAAAGACUAUUUUAGCCUUAAUAAUACACCUUUAUUCUCCGUUGUUUUGCAGACCAGUGUGUAUUAAAAUAGUAUAUCCAUAUUUGCCUUAUGUAGCAAUUUUUAUGUAAAAUGCAUUCACAACAGUAACUUUGUAUAGUGGGAAUUAUUCAUCAUGUUAUAAAUGCAACAAGUGUAUAAAGCAGAAACUGAAAAUAAAGUCUCUUGAAUUUGUACAAUGCUCACCUGCUCUUUGGUAACUGUAGAUCGCAGUUAUACCUGUUCGUACUGAUUUUACUAAGUUAAUUGAAAUAAUUUUCUAUUCCGGCAGGUUAUCACAUUCACCUCUCAAUUUCUUACAAAUUAACAUAAUGCAAAAUUAAAUGACAUCAAUCAGAAAUUCAGCAAA